CUCGCCGACGUUGUUCUUAAAUUUUGUUUGUUCGUUUUCGGUCGUUUUUUUUCCGUAUGUACUUUAAGUACGUCUGUGCAAAGUGAUCUUAUAUUACAUUGUUUGUUUACUGGGGUCAGAAGUUAUUGCAAAGAGUUGUUUUAGUAAAGUGAAAAGCUGACACUGAUCACUGUGAACAAACUCAGUACCUAAUGGGGAACGCAAACGCUACUCGAAGAGGAUCAAUUUUCUCAAAACAAGAUUCGACCAGCGAAGAAGGGUCUAACAGGUUAAGUAAACGUUUGUCCAGUCGACAGAACACUUUAAUCGAAGAAGAAGAGUUCCUUCCAGAGCCCCCAGCGUUACCACCGCCGGAACCGUUGACCGAACGCCAAAAAGAGCUACUGACGGAGACAUGGAAGCUUCUAGAAGAAGAUAUUGCUAAAGUCGGUGUUAUUACAUUCGUAAGUUUAUUUGAAACCCACCCAGAUGUUCAACAAUCAUUUAUGCCAUUCAAAGGAGUUGAAAUUGAGGAUUUAAAACAUAGCCGACAACUCAGAGAUCAUGCUUUGAGGGUAAUGGCAUUUGUUCAAAAGGCAGUAGCAAGGCUUUACGAACCUGAUAAAUUGGAAACUCUUUUAAGAGAUUUGGGUAAAAAACAUUAUCAUUAUGGAGCAAAACAAAAAUACGUUGACUUAGUUGGGCCACAAUUUAUAAUAGCAAUUCAACCGUCACUGACAGACAGGUGGACUGAAGAAACUCAAUCGGCAUGGACUUCCCUGUUUCUUAACAUGGCAUACAUCAUGAAAGGUUCAAUGGCCGCUGAAGAAAGGUUCAAGAUAAAAAAACCUAUAGGUUAGAAACCAUGUGAUGUGCUUUAUUACACAGUAUCCUAAAGUAUAUAUAUUGACUGUUUUUGUUGUGUUUAAUAAAUUUGUUUUUUUAUACCGAAAAUAUUGUAGAAAACGUAAUAUUGUUGAUAAUCUUAGAAUAUUAUUAUAAUAUCCGACGUUUAAGUUAUUUUAAUAUUAAAUUAUAGGAACUCAUUUUGUUAGAAAUACAUUACUUAGUCUAAGCGAUCUUUAUUAUUUUGCAAAAUGUUAGUUGACAGCUUAAUCAUAAUAAGUUACGACUUACAUAGAAGUGUUUGCAUUUGAUGUAGAUAAUGUGAAUUCUCUUUAAAAUAUGAGUUUUGAAUUUUAAGAGAAUAAAUAUGAUAAACGCAAAAAAUAUUGUGUACAUUACAGUAUAAGAAUUAUUAUUAAACUUGUUAAAAUGUAUCAUGAACUUUAUGUAAUUAAAACAAAUAAUUAAAUAUAUGUAUAAAAACCGUUA